AUGAUGCUCGAUGGGGGAGGAACUUAUUGGAUUAGGGGAACAUAUGGGGCCUCUUGGCGGCGCUUGGCACUCCUUCUAUCUCUAGAUUCGCCUCUUGCCUUUGGUAUUGAUCCACAUGCUCUUGCUCUGUUUGGACAUGGGAAAACGACAAAGGUUAUUGUUCUUAGGGCCGACUACGGGAGCCGGGAGGCAACCAUUCCAUUCAGGUUGUCAAGGGUGAUCCUCGACAUCCUGGACAUCUCCGAUUCUUUAGAGUUGAUCUAUGAAGACAAGGAGACAGUGCAAACGGCUUCUGGUUGCUAUGAAUCCCGAUCACUAUCCUCUUUAAAGUUUACUUCUUCAGAUGACUCGUCUGUCCAUGCCGAAGGUUCGAAAGGAAGAGGGGUUUUUUCAUCAGGAAAAAAAGAGGGGUUUGGAAAUGUAGCCAUUUAUGUACUUCAAUAG